CGGUUCGUCGACAUCGGCGCCAACCUGACGGACGCGAUGUUCGCCGGGGAGUACCACGGGAAGCGGUACCACGACGCGGACCUGCCCGCGGUGCUUCGCCGAGCGUGGAACGUCGGCGUGGAGAAGAUCGUCGUCACCGCGGGGACGCUGGAGGACGCGACGACCGCGCUGGACCUCGCGGAGGCGCACGACGGGGAAUCAUCAGACGAGGGAGCGGCGUCGUCGGCGUCGGCGUCGGCGUCGUCGGCGCGUCUGAAUCAGGGGCGUCGUCGUCGUCGUCUGUACACGACCGUGGGCGUGCACCCGACGCGCUGCGGCGCGUUCGAAGCCUCCGGCGACGCGGAGGCGCACCUCGCGUCGCUGGCGGCGAUCGCGAGCGCCAACUCGCGUGAGCGCGGCGGCCGCGUCGUCGCGAUCGGCGAGUGCGGGCUGGAUUACGACCGCCUCCAAUUUUGCGACGCUGAGACGCAACGCGUCUGGUUCCGGCGGCAGUUCGAGCUCGCGAAGUCGACGAGGCUGCCGAUGUUUCUGCACAUGCGCGCGGCCGCGGACGACUUCAUCGAGAUACUCGCCGAGGCGGUCGCGGAGGGGACGUUCACGACGGGGGUGGUGCACUCGUUCGACGGCUCCGUCGACGAUUUAAAAAAGUUGCUCGCGAUCGACGGGGUGUUCAUCGGCGUCAACGGCUGCAGCCUGCGCGCGGCGGAGAGCCUGGCGACGCUCAGGGAGCUGCCCGUCGAUCGCGUGAUGCUCGAGACGGACGCGCCGUGGUGCGGGAUCAAGAGGAGCCACGCCGGGUACGAGCACGUGCGGACGACGUGGACGGCGAAGGAUAAAAAAAAAUUCGACGAAUUCGACGAGACGACGACGGUGAAGGACCGAUGCGAGCCGUGCCACGUCGUGCAAGUGUUGGAGGUGUUAUCGCGCGCGAUGGGGGUGGACGAGGACGUCCUCGCGGACGCGUGUCACGCGAACGCGAUGAAGGUGUUCUUUCCGGACGAGGAG